GCAUCUCCCUCGCCCCUUUUACUUGUCCUACUCCUUAGACGUGUUUGGCUCAAGCCAUUUAGCCCAAGCCCUUGAAUGCCCCAGGCUGGCAGACGCCAUCUGCUGGAUAAUACAUCGAAUUCCACUUUGGGGAUAAUACACUUGAAGGUCCACGGACGGAGCCCUCGACACCUGCGCGGCCUGGACCAUCGCGGCGAUGCCGAGCCAGCUCGUCCUGAGCGUCCGGGCGCGCGCCUUGCCCCCGCUGAGCCGCGGGUGGUGCACCCCAGACCCCUCGCCAACGCGGACGUCCAACGGCCUGCCCAGCUGCGCCGCGUCCACGUGGGAGGAGGCGGACCUCCCCGACGGCCUCGACGUGGACGCGCGCGGCAGCCCAUGCAGUCCCGACCGGCGCGGAGGCGCAGCAGGCGCCGCCCGCGUCGACGCCGCCUCGGGCACCCAGGACGGUGCUGCCACAGGCCUCGAGCUCGAGCCACGCCUCGGCGCCGAGGGCGGCGCCGUGGUGCUGCCUCGGCCGCCGGGCUCGCGGCCCACGCUCCACGCCGAGCCGGCGGGCGCGUGCGCGGCAGCCGAGGCGCGGGAGCCUGAAGUGGGCGCCGAGACGGGCGUGCCCGCGGAGCAGCUGGCCGCGCUGGCGGCGCGCCUCCGCGCCACGCCGGGCGAGGACGCCGACGCCCUGUGCGAGGUCCUGGAGGCGCUCUCCGCCGUGCCCGCGACGCUGCAGCUGCUGCAGAAGACGGACCUGGGCGUGCUCACUCAGCCUCUCAAGGACCACGCCAGCGGGCGGGUCCGCUCGGCGGCCCAGAGGCUCCGCCGCGGCUGGAAGAGCAUCGUCAGCGAGGCGAAGAAGAGGUCCGCGGGGGAGGCCAGGGCCAGCAGCCCCAGGGGCCACGACCAGGAUCGGGGUGCGACCAGCAGCUCCUGCGGCGACAGCGCGCCCGCAGUGGCCGCGUUGUCCUCCGUCGCCCGUGCGGGAACGACACCAGUCGCGGCAUGGGCCCGCAUCCGCACCCCGUCUCUGGAGGCCCGCGUGCCGCCGCCAGCGGUGCCCGUGGCCACCGCAGCGCAGCGUGGCCUGGCGCUGGCCAGGGAGGCCAAGUUAGACACGGCGGAGCCAGAGUGCGCGCCACUGGACAGCUUCGGCUUGCGGGAGAGCUUCGAGGCCGCCUGGGCCAGCGCAGCGACGCCGAGCCAGCUUGUCUUGAGCGUGCGCGCCCCGCCGGGGCUGAGCCGCGGCUGGCGCACCCCAGACCCCUCGCCGACGCGGACCGGAGCAGCGAUGCCGAGCCAGCUCGUCCUGAACGUGCGGGUGCGCGCCCCGCCUGGGCUGAGCCGCGGCUGGCGCACCCCAGACCCCUCGCCGACGCGGACGCCCAGCGGCCUGCCAUGCUGCGUCGCGUCCCCCUGGGAGGCGACAGGCCUCCCAGACGGCCUCGACGUGAACGCGCGCGACAACAGAUCUGGUCCCGACCAACGUGGAGGCGCAGCAGACGCCGCCCGCGUCGAUGCCACCUCGGGCACCCAGGGCAGCUCCGCCACAGGCCCCGGGCCCGAGCCGUGCCCCGGCGCCGAGGGCGGCGCCGUGCCGCCUCGGCCGCCGCCCGCCCGCGCCGGCGCCGCCUCGGGCAGCCAGGGCAGCUCCGCCAGAGGCCUCGAGCUCGAGCAGUGCCUCGGCGCCGAGGGCAGCGCCGUGACGCCUUGGCGCCGAGGGCAGCGCCCUGCCGCCUCUGACGACGCCGCCUCGUACAGCCAGGGCAGCGCUGCCAUAGACCUCGAGCUCGAGCCGCGCCUCGACGACUACGUGCUCGUGGAGGCAGGCACCCCCAGGGGCCACGACCACCUGCGCGCCCGCGGGGGGCCCAUGCGGCGCGCGAGCGGCGGCGCCUGCGGCGGCAGCGCGUCCGCAGCGGACGCGGCGUCCUCAGCCGCCCGCGCGAGGGCGACUGCGGUCGUGGCAUGGGCCCGCUCCCGCACGCCGUCGCCAGAGGCCCGCGCGCAGGCGCCGCAGGCGCCGCUGGCGUGGCGGCAGGGCGCGUUGGCCGAGAAGCCGCCGCGGUGGAUGCCUUUCUGGCAGCCCGCGGCGGAGCCCGCGCCUCCGCCGCCGCCGCCACCGCCCGUGGCCGCUGCAGCGCCGCGCGGCCGGGCGCCCGCCAGGGGGGCCAAGGCCGCCUUGGCGAGGCCUCAGUGCGCGCCUGCGGCGCCCAAGGAUCCCAAGGCGGUGCUGAGCGUGGGGUCCGUGGGCCACCCGUACACGUGCCAGGAGCCCUGCAAGUACGUGCGGAAGACCCGCGGGUGCAAGGACGGGUCGGAUUGCAACCGAUGCCACGCCUGCUCUGGGACGGCUGCCAGGCAGCAAGCCUUGCGGCGAUCGCCGUGAAGCGGUGAUUGGUCCCGUUGCGCCUCGGAGCCACCGGUCCGAUUGGGAGGCGAAGGCCUACGCAAUGAAAGAAAACAUGCAGCAAAUUCCAGACGCUUCGAGAAACCCAACAGUCUUUGUCCCUUAGCUUGUGGCACGGCCUGCCCCUGCUUGCACGGCGUUCGACUCGCUUCGCGCGCCCGCGUACCAA